AUGGGAGCUUGUGGGAGUAAGAAGAGUCAGCUGAGCCGCACGGGCGAGCCGCACCAGCAGCACGACCAGCAGCAGAAGCAGCAGCAGCACGAGGAUCCUCAACAGCAGCAUCAUCAGGAUCACCGCGAGCAGCAGCAGCAGCAGCAAGACCGUGCUUUGUCGCUGCAGCACAAGCAGCAGCCAGCAGAUUCAGAUCUAACAGACCAGGCAGAGCAGGCGAGCAGCAGCAACACUUCUGCUGUAGAUCGAGCAGCAAGGAAGCAUAAAAGUUUAAAGGAGAGGCAGCGGCGUCGUUUAUCUGUUUCUGUUACUGCUGUAGAGGAUUCUGAAGGGGGUUCGAACUCGAGUCCUGCUGCUGCUGCUGCUGCAGCAGCAGCAGCAGCAACAGGUGCAACACCAGCAGUUGACGGCACAGACAGCUGCCGCAGCAAACCUAACGACAUACGAGGUCUACAUACACCCCAAAAAACAGCAGCAGCAACAACAAAGACAGACGGCAGCAAAAUUAGAUCCCUGUCAUCUCUGUCUAACAACGACAGCGAGCGCAGCAAACAGUCGCCUUCUGCAGCAGCAGCUGCAGCAGCAGCAGCAGCAGCAGCAUCGCCUGCAGCAGGAGCAGCGGGCCUCCUAACGCCGCGUGACAGCUCUCCAUGGAAGCAGCUGUCUAGAGAGAGGGAGCAGACCCCAGGGUCUCGCUCUGAUGCUCCUUCAGCAGCAGCAGGUUGUGCUGCUACUGUAGGAGAAACGCUCAACAGCAGCAGCAGCAAGAGGGGUUUCUGCCCGGAAUUACCCUUAUUAUUUGCCCCUCUUCCUUUUCCCCCAGAAGAGGCAUUCAAACAUCUCGAAGAAAUAACCGCACAAUUCCUUCUUGAACACUUCACAGCAGAUAUUCCUGAUAAAUCACGAUGCGCCGUCCUAGGCUUUCCGUCGCGAGACCGUCAGCGGGGGUUCGACAACAAGCGGAUGGACUGCGUUCUGGCGGCUAGUGAUGAGUGCGAACACUUUGACGACUUCCAAGCACAGAUUGGCGUCGGCUGUUCUUGCAAGAAGGGUUUAAAGCCAGAGAGCCCCAAUCAGGAUGACUUUUCCUUUAUUCGGUGUUCUUCUUUUGGGGUCUACGGAGUGUUUGAUGGUCACGGCCCUUGUGGCCAUCAAGCAUCAGACUUUGUUCAUCGUGUUUUGUUAUUUUUUCUUCUUUCUCAUCCUUCUCUUCGUGAGGAUGUAGGAGCUGCAUUAAGAGGCGCAUUUCAUGCCACUCACAAGGCUCUAUUAGAGUUUUGUUCAGGGGAGCAAUCGGUGGAUUCUUCUUUGUCAGGCACGACAGCAACUCUUGUGCUGCACGAAAGAGACAAAUUAACUGUCUCCUUUGUAGGGGACUCUCGCUGUGUUUUAGCUAAAGUCGAUGCCUCCGGAUCCAUCGUACCAGCUUUCUCCACAGUCGACCACAAGCCGACAAACCCAGCAGAGAAGAAGAGAAUCGAAGCAGCCGGGGGAGAGGUGCUGCGGCUUGAUUGUGAUAUACCACACCGCGUAUUUGUUAAAGAUCAUCUCUUCCCUGGUCUAGCAAUGAGUAGAGCCAUAGGAGACGGAAUUGCGCACCAAAUAGGAGUUGUAUCCGAACCCGAAAUUGCACAGGUUCCUCUGGACGAGAGCUCUCUCUUCUUCAUUGUUGCGAGUGACGGCAUUUGGGAAUUUAUUAGCAGCGAAGAGGCCGUCACGAUAGUCUCAAGCUAUAUAACGGGAUCCCCCAAUGACGGUCAGCGAAUGAAAGAUGCGGCCGAUCGAUUGGCUUACGAAGCCUUCAAACGUUGGAUAGAUGAAGAGGGCAACGUCGUCGACGACGUGACAGUAAUUGUUGUGUGGGUUGCGCGAUAG